GUAUUAUUCUAUUUUUUUUUCCAUAUAUCAUAUCCUGCUUGCCUCAUCGAGUUGCAUCAACCACUUAGCCAAAAUCCCCCUCUUUAAAUCACACUCAUCUCCCCCAUUUUUCACCUUAUAAAGUUUCACUCACCCGUUGUUUCUGAUCAUCAUCAUCAACAAAGGUCCGGUUGGAGAAUGAAUGGCGUGAAAGGUAGCAUUGAGAUCAGCAUCCCUCCUAUCAGCAAUGAGAAAAAAGCAUCAGAAGCUAGCAAGAAUAGUAGUGAUGAGAAAUUCAGCUGCAAAAACUUCAUUAUGAGAGUGUGGGAGUUUUGCAAAGAAGAUAGCAACAGAGUGACAUUUUCACUCAAAGUGGGGAUUGCUGUUCUUCUCGUAUCUCUUCUGAUACUAUGCAGAGCGCCUUACCAAGUUUUCGGCACCAGCAUUAUCUGGUCCAUCCUCACCGUUGCCAUCAUGUUUGAAUACACCGUUGGUGCCACUUUCAACAGAGGAUUCAACAGAGCACUAGGCAGCCUGCUCGCCGGAGCCUUGGCCAUUGCCAUAGCAGAGCUAGCCUUGAAAGCAGGGCGAACUGCUGAGCCUAUUAUAAUUGGCUUCAGCAUCUUCAUUGUUGGAACUGUGACAUCCUUUAUGAAGCUAUGGCCAUCUUUAGUGCCAUAUGAGUAUGGAUUCCGAGUCAUCCUUUUCACCUACUGCUUGAUCAUAGUUUCUGGAUAUCGUAUGGGCAACCCCAUCAUGACAGCCAUGGACCGUCUCUACUCAAUCGCCAUUGGAGCAAUAGUUGCAGUGGCAGUCAAUGUGCUCAUCUUCCCUAUAUGGGCUGGGGAGCUCUUGCACAAGGAGAUUGUCAGCCACUUUGCCUCUCUAGCUGAUGCUCUUCAAGAGUGUGUGGGGAAGUAUUUGAAGGACGAUGGAUCCGAACAUCCCGAGUUUACAAAGACUGUGAUGGAUGACUUCCCUGAUGAACCUGCAUAUCGAAAGUGUCGAUCCACAUUGAACUCCUCAGCUAAACUAGAAUCCCUGGCAAGUUCGGCGAAAUGGGAGCCGCCCCAUGGUAGGUUUAUGCACAUCUUUUAUCCAUGGUCAGAAUAUGUCAAGGUUGGUGCAGUCCUCAGAUAUUGUACCUAUGAGGUCAUGGCUCUUCAUGGUGUUCUACAUUCAGAAAUUCAGGCGCCACCUAGCCUGAGAGUCGCGUUCCAGAAGGAGAUCGAGGAUGCAGCAAGCGAGGCAGCAGAGCUAGUCCGUUGCCUGGGAACGGACAUAUCCAACAUGCAGCGAAGCCUCAAAACUCGCCUCCUCAAAAGGGUUCACAGCUCUGCAGAGAGGCUCCAACACGCACUUGACAUGCACUCGUGCCUCCUCACGUCUCAUCACGAUACUACUUCAUCCAAGACACACUCGAGGCUCUCCCAUGCGCUCUCUUCGACCUUCUCCAAUCUGUCGAGCCACGUGGCUGAUCUCGAGCAGAGCUCUGACCUCCCAUUCCAGCCACUGCAUGAGGAAUCCUGUGGCUAUCAUGAGAUGAUGAGGAAGCAAUCGAGAAGGCUGCAUUCGUGGCCAUCGAGAGAAGUUGAUGCUUUCGAAGACGGAGGGAAUUCCAGUUCAGAAAAUAUGCCAAGGAUGAAACAACUAGAGAGCACCGCUACUCUGUCGCUUGAGACUUUCACCACUCUGCUCAUAGAGUUUGUGGCUCGUCUCGACCACUUGGUCGAGGCAGUCGAUCAGCUCUCGAAGAUGGCAAGAUUUGAGCAAGAAGCUCUCUAAGUAGGAAACAUAAUCACAUCUGUUCAUAAAAGCAAAUAUGGUAGUAUUGAUUUUGAUGUACAAGGUAUUAUUGUUAUUGGAUUCUAAGGCAUAAAGGUAGUUGCAAAGAUGAAAACCAGUCGGUUUUACUUUUACCCAGUAGAGUAAAAUCUUGUUGGAUUUAUUCA